CGCAUUUGGCGGGCACUGCGCCAAAAGCUGGAUAACCUUUGUACUCGGGCAUUAAAAGUGCAGAAGUCCGAGCCUCCGGCUGUGUAGCGGUUCUCCCGCCAUGCGGUACCUAACGUGCCUGUUGCUUUGGGUGCUCCAGCUAGUCUGGGGGCAAUGGGAAGACCAGCUAAAGAAUUACCCAUUGCGCUGCCUGCAGAUCUCUUCCUUCCCAAACAGUAGCAGCUUUCGCACAGAUGGCUUGGCCUGGCUGGGGGAUGUGCAAACGCACAGUUGGAGAAAUGCCUCUACCGUUAGCUUCCUGAAGCCUUGGUCCCACGGCAAGCUCAGUGACCAACAGUGGCAGACGUUGGAGCAUAUAUUACAAGUUUAUCGAACCAGCUUUACCAGGGACAUACAGGAAUUAGUCAAAAUGUUGCCUAUCAUUCACUAUCCCAUUGAGAUGCAGGUGUCUGCUGGGUGUGAAUUGCACUCUGGAAACACUUCAGAAAACUUUGCCAAUGUAGCAUUUCAAGGACAACAUGUCAUGAGUUUUCAGGGAACUUCCUUUCAGAAGGCCCCAGAUGCCCCACCUUGGACAGAGUUGGCCAUUAAAGUGCUCAACACUGAUCAAGGGACCAGGGAAACGAUCCAGCAGCUUCUGAAUGACACCUGCCCCCAGGUUCUCUAUGGCCUCCUAGAAGCUGGGAAAGCAGAACUGGACAAGCAAGAGAAACCUGUGGCCUGGUUGUCAAGUGUCCUCAGCCCUAGACAUGGCCAUUUGCAGUUGGUGUGCCAUGUCUCCGGCUUCUACCCACAGCCUGUGUGGGUGAUGUGGACUCAGGGUGAGCAGGAGCAAAACAGUACUCAGAGAGGUGACAUCCUUCCCAAUGCUGAUGGGACAUGGUAUCUCCGAGCUACCCUGGAUGUGGAGGCUGGAGAGGAGGCUGGCCUCGCCUGCCGGGUGAAACACAGCAGUCUAGGAGGGCAGGACAUCAUCCUCUAUUGGGCAGAUGGCAGACAUUCUUCAUAUGUGGUUUUCAUCAUCCUGGCAGUCCUAAUACUUGUGGUAGGCCUUGGGCUCGGUUUUGUGUUCAUCUCCAGGAAUCGGUGCUCCUAUCGAAGCAUCCGGUAGCUCCUCCUCACUAUUGCCUCUCCUGAGACUCAGACCUUCCAGCUUCUAGGACUUCAGUCCUGGUCUGCUCAGGAAGAAGUGAAGAACAAAUGAAGUACCCUUUCAACAUUUAUUUAAAAGAAACUAAUUCAGUUUAAUUAUAUUGCACUUUUAUGAGCCUGAGGGGGUUGGAACAAACAUGAUUGCAGAUGCACAUACCGCCAAGAACAAGCUGUGGGCAGUAUUUUAUGGGAUUUGCAUUGAACUGGAAAGCACAGGUCCUGCCCAAACAGAUGCUUCAGGGUCUGUUGACAAGUGUAAAGUCCAACAUGGCUCAACUCUUCGGUUUUCAAGAAAACUAGGUGACAUGCAGAUUUUAAAAAGUAAACUCAAAUAUUUGCAAAUAUUGGCACUGCUUGAUAUCUCAGAUCCACGCCUGCUGGAGAUGGAUAUAAAGACAACCCCAGGGCUUCCAGUUUGUGGCUCUUUAAAAAAAUGUUUGUCCUAAAUGCCAUAAUGAUAAUUUUAGGACAUAGUCUCUAUGGUAAAUAUGCAUUUAUGACUGAAGGGUUUAUUCUCUUUAUAAUAAAAUUAGGAGGUCUCCUGAGGUUUUAUUUGGAGUAACUAUAUUUUUAAAAAGGAGAAGUCACCGUAUAUAAUUAUUUUGUUGAAAAAUCUACUCUCUUUGAGAUAUUGCCCUCAAACACUGCUAUAAUUUGCAUCUGGAGUGCACCACAACACCCCAUGUAUUGAGGGUCUGGUUCCCAGCCCAUGGCUCUAUCAAGAAAUAGUAGUUACAUUAGCAGAUGAAGCCCAGUAGAAAAGAAGGUGACAUAAUGGGUUCAUAAGGUCAUAAUGAUUGUGGGACACAAAGUCCUUUUUGCAAUAAUGCAAUUCAUGGACUUAGAAGGAAAUUCAAGGAUUUUUUUUUUGUCUGAGAAAGAAAACAGUAGGGCAGGCAAGCUGGAAGUGUGGGCAGCUGCCAGGAGGUGGAAAUGGAGGGAGAGGUUAUGUCUUAAAGAGCAUCAGCAAAAACAAACACUUUGAAUGACUGAGUAAACACACCAGUCCUCCAAUCUGGGCAUUUGUACCUCAAGGUUUUUACUGAAAGAGCAUAAUAUCUCUGACCUCUGGGGGGGGGACAAGGGUGGUAAAAGCAAGAGCAGCAUUUUACCAUUUUGGGUUAUCAGGGAGGAAAUAUUUAAUAUUAUUUGGUUUAACCUUGUACUAUACUAAGCACUUCUCAGGGUGACCUAGACCUCAGGCUGUGUAUAAGAUAGGAAAGAAGGAAGAAUAGCCGCAGCAAAUGUCUGUUUUGUUUUCUUUGAAGCUAUUUGAAACCCCUCACAUGGGUUUGUCUUUAAAUGGAGAUGAAUUACAAGUGGCUUGUGAAGAGUUAUUACUUCCUAAAGGGUCAGUGUUGGAUUACAAUCAGUUUAGCUAUGGAAGCCCAAAACUUGGAAAUAAAUUAGAACAACUGGGCAAUUUUCCAUUA